AUGUUCCAUGAAAUUUCUUAUCUUUCAAAUGCUUUCCACGAUAAUCCAUUUCUGAGAUCGGCCAAUCCUGUCGGUGGGCCCACCCCCAUCAACUUUGAAGACGGCUUCCACAACAAGUGUGACUCUGACAGUUCCAAGAGUGAUUCUCUGGACCAUUUACUCCUCGAGAAUGAUGAACACAGUCGUUCCAUGUGUGUGACAGGCGAUGAGCACACUAGGCCUUUGCAGUCCGCCAUCACUCAUGUCUUUUGUUGGGACGGUUUGUGCGUUACGUGGUGCCCUAGAAGUACUUCUGCCUCUUGGAAUGAUCGUGGGUGUGUUUGGCAGGUGAAGAACUGGAGUCAGUUGCGUGAGACCGUGCUGUCACACUGUACCUACUCCACACAACACUCACCACAACCAGAAGUUCUUGAGAGUGACGCUUUUCAUGUUCCAGAGAAAAGUAACAGGGAUGGGGAAAUUAUGACUACAUCUUUUUUUAUUUCUCUACUCAUGUCGACUGUGUGCUAUACUUAUCUUCCUAACAUUAAUGCUAUGCUGAGUGAAGUGGAGGCUAUUGACUUCAUGUUGCCCUUGAUUUUCCCUAAUAUGGAGAGUGAUCAGUCAGAUGCUCACCGGCGUAUUUUGCUGCUUCGACAUAGGCUGUCAAUUCUUCGUCGUGAGCUGAUUUUCAAAAAAAAUUUGUUGGAUUCAUUAAGGGGCCCCUCAGUAUCCACACUUGCCGCUUUCAUGACUCAAGGUUCUCCCUCUGAUCACAACCACCGAAGGUUACCCGAAGUUUCCAGGGCUGUGUACACAUCGUCAGUCUCGGCAGCAAUCAGCAUAAUGGAUGCCACUGGUGAUACUAUUGAUCAAACACUUCACAAAAUGGACACUUCGCGCAUAGUGUUGGGUAACACCACCAUUCUCUACAAUUCAAGCGUGAUCUCAAGCAACUAUGAGGUUAGUAACGAUGCGGACUAUUUCAUGGUGUUGGUGCAUUACAUUUUCAUAACUAUAAUGCCUGCGCAUAUAAUAGCUGCACACUGGGGCUUGAAUUUUCAUGUGCCUUUUCAGGAUCUCAGUAGUCUUACUCCAUUCUGGGUUAUUGUGUGUACUCUUGUUUCAAUUUGUAUACUUGCACCGAUAUUCCCCUUCUGGGCAUAUUACACACAAAGGAUACAUCUGAUAAUAUAA